CAUAAUAGCUGACGCACACUAGCUACAGGUUGGUAAAAAAAAAAACUGACAACUCACCUUGCUGGGCGAGUUGUAACGACAAUUUUCAAGGUGGCCGCGAAGAUGCCUAAGUAUUGUUCAGCCCCGAACUGUAAUCAUGACUCUGGAAGCACCAACACUGAAAGGAAAAGCUUCUACAAGUUUCCGCUGCAGGACCCAGACCGGUUAAAGCUAUGGUUGAAGAAUAUGGGUCGUGAGGAAUGGACACCUUCCAAACACCAAUACAUCUGUAAUGAACACUUCGUAACGUCCUGCUUCAAGCUGCGUUGGGGAAUCCGCUACCUUCAAAACAACGCUGUACCCACUGUCUUCCAACUCACUGAGAAACGCAAAGGCGAGGAUCACAGUGAGCUUCAGAACCCCAAAAGGCUGCGAAGCAGCAGGAAACCCCGGGACGCCAGGUCUUCAGACGUUGGCGUGCCAGGUAACGACUCCACGGGCAGUGGCACCGGCGGCAUGGUGACACUGUAUGAGGUCACCGUCGAACCCUUACAAGCUGAGACGCCGGAGGAGGGCAGUCGUGACGGGGCAGGGGGGGGGUUCCCUGUUGCCUUCUUCCAGACGGUGAAGGACCUGGUUGGCCUGGAGGGUGGGGGGACGCACGGCGAGCCGCAUGCGAAUGCAGACGGUGAGGUGGUGGUGGUGGUGUCGGAACCACAGGCGGCGCUGAGGGGGCUGCCAGCAGCGAUGUUGACUGAGGGCCAUGAUCCGGGAACGGUGGAUGAGGUCGGCCGUUUUAUGGUGUCGCCGACAUCUCUGGUCAUCGAGAAUGUCUCUCCAGAGCUGAUGGAGGCGGAGCUUUCCGUCUCCCAGGAUGACCGUGAGGGCGGGGCUCAGGUCAUUGCCUACUUUGAAACUAUUCCCAAUGUGGUGUCCAGCAGGGCCACUCAGUUCAGCAUCCCCCCGGACACGGUGCUGUCCUCGGCUCUCAGUCCUACCCCCAUUGUCUCCACGCUGCCCAUAGUGUCCAAGCACACGCCGCCCUCCCCUGGAUCCCUCAUCCUCACCCUGGAGAGACUGGAGACGGUUGGGGAGGAGGCAGAGGGGGACAGUCCUGAGGAGGACAUGGAGCAACAAGGGAUUCAGCUGGAGGAACACCGCUACCACAAGAACAGCCUGAGUAAGGAGCAGCUGGAGGCCAUCGUGGUGGAGCUUCAGAAAAAGGUGAAGGUGUUGCAACAGAGACACAGGAGACACCUGGAUAAACUUUUGGGCCUGGAGAAUACUGUCAGCCAGUUGAGACAGAACAACCUGCUGAAUGAGGAGAGAUUACAGCUUCUUGAGAGGGCGUACAUCCAGACCAGUGCUGCCGUGUCGGAGGCAGGAGAGACUGUGGCUAUCAUCUAUGAAGAGGACAACACUGCAUACCUGUAUGAAGGAUAGUUAUUCCACAGUGUACUUCCACUAUUGCACAGUAUCGAGAAUGUGUAUGAAGGGCCAGGUUAUUAUUGUCCCGGCCAAUGAGAUAAAGAGGAAUCUAGAAGAUCUCUGCUUUGGCACUGUGUGAUGUGAACUUCAGCAAUAUACUGUGUAUAAUAUAUUAUUUGCAAAUCAGGAGAUGGAGACAAAUCUGCUUGGACCGGCCAAUCUGUUAAUUCAUUGUUAGUCUUUGUCAUUUUGUCUGUUGUUAUAUUAGAGUCUGUUGUCUUUAAGAAGGACAGUGUCUUGAGGUGAGUUGACAUCCUUGGUGUUAGUUUUGCUGUCCCCUGGACUUGCACUCAUAAACAAUCAAAUGUUUAAUUCUGAAUAAGGGGGCAGGGAGAAUGUAAUAAACAUGGACCUGUGUUGGGUUUUGUUCA